AUGUCUUCGGAAUUGCCAUCGACAAUGCGGGCUUGGGUCUAUCGUACAAAAGGUCUUCCUUCUGAGAUCCUGAAGCUUGAAAUCAACAUCGAGACGCCAAAAAUCGCCAAUCUAGCCCCUGACGAAGUCCUUGUAGAAGUUUAUUACUCUGCUUUGAAUAACAUAAGUACUCAGCUGAUGCAGACUCUUCGACCACGUCCAUUGGGAUUUUUUAUUUCACAAAAGAAUCGACUGGCAAUUCCGGAAAUAGAGCUUGGAGGGAGACUGAUCGCAGCGGGGAAGAAUGUUUUGUCUAGGAGACCUGACUUGAAACUUGGAGACUUGGUGAUUGGGUUGACGGACCCAGCCAAAUCAAUGCGUGAUGGAUCAGGAGCUCUAGCAGAAUACGCUGUUCUCCCGGUAGCACACGUUGUUCCUUAUCAGCUUCCUAGUGGUGAACAGGAGCAGCUAUCGCUAGCAGAGUGGUCUGCUCUAGGGGGAGUUGGUUGUACAGCAAUACAGGUCACCGAGCGCGCUGGACUAAAGGCCGGUGACAAAAUUCUUGUCAAUGGUAGUAGUGGUGGAGCAGGGACCACGGUGAUCCAAGUCGCUCGAUAUAUCUUGGGACCCAGCGGGCAUAUAGUUGCCACCUGCUCUGCAUCUAAUAUUGAUCUUGUCAAGAGCCUUGGUGCAGAUGAGGUGAUCGAUUAUCAACAAUGUGGACCUCUCCAUACUUACCUCGCUAUGUCGGUCCAUGCCCAAACCCCAUUCGACGCUAUCAUUGAUUGUGUUGGUAUUCAAGAUCUCUUCAUUCACUCACCAACGUACCUAGCCCUCGGUAAGAACUUUAUUAACAUCGGCUCUCUGGAGCUUGAGCACUCCAUCAAAGGAACUCUGCAUUGGGUCUGGCUAGCAUUUUGGAACCAAUAUUGUCCGUUGAUAUUUGGUGGCAUCCCGAGACAUUUCGAAUUCUAUAGCGCUGAACCUGAUGUCCAGUCUUUGGAGAAACUGAGAAAACUGACGCAAGAAAGAAAGCUGAGACCGGUGGUUGAUUCUGUUUGGGAGUUUGAAGACGCAUCCAAGGCGUAUCAAAUCAUGGAAAAUAAGAGAGCGAAGGGGAAGAUCGUUAUACGAGUGAAAGCGUCGGAUUAG